AUGUUAAAAUAUAACAAUGAAUAUGAGAUGUUAGUGUGUGAUAUUUGUGGUAUAUCAUACGCUCAUAGGAGUAGCCUUACUUCUCACAGAUCCAUUCAUGCAGAAGAGAAACCAUAUCAAUGCGAUAUCUGUGAUAAAUCCUUUUUCUUAAGAAGUUAUUUAACUGCUCAUCAACUUUCUCAUACUAAUGAGAGGCCAUAUCAGUGUGAUAUUUGUGGUAAAUCAUUCACUCGAAAAGGUAACCUUACCACUCACAAAUACACUCAUACAGGGAAGAAACCAUAUCAAUGUGAUAUUUGUGGUAAAUCAUUCUCUCAAAAAAGUAGCCUUACUUCUCACAAAUACAUUCAUACAGGUGAGAAACCAUAUCAGUGUGAUAUCUGUGGAAAAUCUUUCUCUCAGAAGAUCGGCCUUACUUCUCACAAAUACAUUCACACAGGAGAUAAACCAUAUCAAUGUGACAUCUGCAAUAAAUCAUUCUCUCAGAAUAGUGGCCUUACUUAUCACAAAUCCAUUCAUACAGGAGAGAAACCAUAUUCUUGUGAUAUUUGUAGCAAAUCAUUUGCUUUUAAAGGUAAUCUAAUUGCUCACAAAUAUAUUCACACAGAUGAGAAGCCAUAUCACUGUGAUAUCUGUGGUAAAUCAUUCUGUCAGAAGAAUAGCCUUACUUCUCAUAAAUACAUUCACACAGGUGAGAAACCAUAUCACUGUGAUGUCUGUGGUAAAUCUUACUCUCGAGAAAGUGAAUUAUCUGUGCACAAACGCAGUCAUACAGGUGAGAAACCAUUUCCAUGUGAUGUCUGUGGUAAGUCAUUCUCUGCAAAAAGUUCUUUGGUAAGACACAAACACACUCAUAUUGGAGAGAAACUGUAAUUAUGAUGUGAAUCUUUCAUUCAAAUAUUGUUGAUUAACCCCUUACCCAACAAUUAUUUUGAAAAUAAAUGUAUUUUUUCAGA